GGGAGAUAAAAAAAAGUGACCUCCCUUUUUUUAUUUUGGCUGGCAGUUGUAAAAAAAAUCACCGCUAUUUUAUAACCUUUUUGUAAUAUAGUUGAUAAUUUAAUUAGUUUUUUUUUCAAUUGUUGUUUUGGUUCUAAUAUUGAAAUUUAGAAAUCGAUGCUAGAUUUGGAAUUUGAUGGAUAUUUUUCAAAAAUAUGUAGCCGCCAUCCAUAUUAUCAUUGGACAGUGGAUAUAAAUAUUCAAAAGGCACUGAUUCUGUACGGAACAAUCAGCAGUCAGCAGCACGUAAACGAAUUUUAUUGGUUAUCUUGUUUACAUUUUGGAUUAUUAGUUAUUUUGAACACGUCAAGCAAGAAAUGAAUUAAUUUCAACUGUUUAAUCAUAAUUAGAUGUCUCUAAAUUGAUUCACCUAUUGACAAGCAACAGUACAGUUCAAAAGUUCAUUGAAAUUCAACUAGGCUUUUGAAUCAUGAAGUGCUCAUCAAUAUUUUUUAUCUUGGUAGUUCUCUGCGUGAUCAAAACAUUUGAUUGCAAAGAUAAUAGUGCAAGUGCUGCGAAAAAGAAACUACAAAUUGGGAUCAAGAAAAGAGUAGACUGUUCACAGAGUGCCAAGACCAAGAAGGGGGACUUUUUGCAUAUGCACUAUGUUGGUAAGCUAGAAGAUGGCACAGAAUUUGAUAACAGCUACAAGAGAGAUCAGCCAUUAACAUUUACUAUUGGGUCAGGACAAGUGAUAAGGGGCUGGGAUCAAGGGCUUAUGGGUAUGUGCGAAGGCGAGAAACGGAAACUAGUGAUCCCCCCUGAUUUAGGGUACGGGUCUUCAGGAGCCCCUCCCAAAAUCCCAGGUGACUCAGUGCUGAUUUUUGAGGUGGAUCUUGUGAAAAUUGAAAGGAGAGACGAACUUUAGAUUGAACUUUUUCCCUUCAACGAUAUGUGUGUGUGUUUUUUGAUACAACAUUCUAUCAAAACUAUAAAUACUACAAUAAAUUAUUACUAAUACUUAUCAUAUGUAAUCAGCUAUUACUUCCAAAUAAGCUAUAGUAAACAUAUUAGUAUUAUAUAGAUGAUGAGGAUUUCAUGCCACUCAAUCUAGAUAUGAACAUUGAACUGAUUAUAAGGAGUGGAAAUUAAUUUAUUAGAAACUCCGCUGAGGGUGAUUGUCUUGGUAUUUCGAUUGAUAUGAAGAAUUCGCACAACAUGUUUAUAUAUCUGUUCAAAAUUAGUAGAGAUUUUAUGCAAUUCAUGACUGAGUAUAAUAAUCUACUAUUAUCAUUACAUUCCUAGUCAAUCAUUACAAUAAUCCAAGAAUUGGUCAAUAAGCAGUAAUGAAUAAGUUAGUACGAAUCUGUAGGUGUCAUCUUGUCAUUUCAUUGAAUACUGUACUCAUUCAUCACAAAAUAAAGUCAUCAUAGAAUUUAA